CAGCCAGGAGUUGAAGGUCAGCGCAGGCCCAGAGAGUGUCCGCAGGUCGUUAACCAGAUUAGCUUGCCAUGCGCUUCACCUGGAGGCCCAGCGGAGGGGUCGCUUCUACAUAAAAACAGCCUAAAGUCCUGUUUCCUCUUAUAGGACACAGAUCGUUUAGCUGUCAUCUGAGGAAGUCGUCUAAUCUUAGCCGUGAAACUUAUCCCCCUCGCUCAGAGGGCUGCUGGGUAUAGGCUCGUUGUCGGGGGCUCUUGUGGACUCAGUCAGUGUUUGCUACCUGCGAGCUGUGGGAGGAAGUUAGAAUGAGAGUUACAGUCUGCAGGUUGCAUGGUAAUCUGGACUUGAUGCAUGGCAGUUGCAUGACCGCAGUAGGUCUUGUUGUGGGACUGAGAGCACGCAGCUGCAGCCAUGGCUCAAACCAUGCACGUGAAUGGCAGUGGCCCAGAAAGAGGACAAAGAUGCCCAAGCACAGAGGACGAGAAGGACUCUGUGGCCCCCUACUAUGUUGAAACACCCUACGGUUAUCAGCUAGACCUGGACUUCCUCAAAUAUGUCGAUGACAUCGAGAGGGGCAACACCAUUAAGAAGCUGAGUAUCCAGAGGAAGCCCAAAGUGGCCAAACCCUUGGUGGUGCCUCGGGGCAGCACUGGCGGGGGCAGCGCUCAGGCUGAAUGGACCUCCACAGACUCCCUGUCAUCCUCCAACAGCGACGACAAGCAGUCCCCAGUCUUCUUUAACUCCAGGCCCCAGGUCGCUGCGCCACCGACCCCGACCCUCUCCAGAGCAACCUGUGAAGUCCCCCAGCAACAAACCUACGUGAACAUCCAGGAGCAGAAACUGCUCCUGCCACCUCCCUCGCCAAGGUUUGCCCCUCGUCACAACCCCCAGGUGGAGAAGACCCUCAUGGAGACACGUCUUCGUCUUGAGCAGGAGCGUCUGCUCAUGCAGCCGCACAGCGAGCCUCCGAUGCCACGCCGCCGUCUUGCCAGCUUUGGCGGCAUGGGCUCCAGUAGCUCGCUGUCCUCUUACUCAGGCUCCAUGGCCCCGAGCCAGAUCUCCCCCAGCACCCAUCAUGCUCUCCCCAUCAAUGGUCACCUCCCAAAUGGAGAGUACAACCCUUACUACCCGCCAUCCAUGGGCAGCUCCAUCCGCCACAGCCCCAUGAGCUCCGGCAUGGCCACGCCUGUGACAAACGUCAGCCCAUUACACCUUCAACAAAUCCGAGAGCAGAUGGUCGUGGCACUAAAGAAGCUGAAGGAGCUCGAGGAGCAGGUGAAAACCAUUCCUAUCUUACAGGUUAAGAUUGCUGUUCUCCAGGAAGAGAAGAGACAAUUAGCUGCUCAGUCCAAAAAUCAAGGUCCUGGUGGCUUCCGCAAGCGCUCCUACAGUGUAGGCAGCGCUGACCAAAUGGAGAACCCGGGCCCCAUCCAGAAGGAAACAGAGCUGCACAUCAUGGAGCCUGAAGCCCAGGAACAGAGCGCUCAGCGGCUGGAGGAGUUCAGACGUUUGGCUGCUGAGGUCCAAGCUCUGGAGAAAACUUCCCAUGACAAUAAUGUGACAGAAACUCAGCCUCAUGAGCUUACACAAAACCAGACUCAACAAAAGUCCAUUGGCAUCGUUACUGAUGAAAACAUGAACAACCUUCCUGUCACUGGGAGGACGAGUGGACAUUGUCUCCGGGAUGUUGGAGUAUCGACGGAGCGGCAGGAAAUGCACAGCAUCGCGGUUGGCGUGACCGAGGCAAUGCUGGGCAUGACCACUGAAGCUGAGAAAGAGAUCGAGCUCCAGCAGCAGACCAUCGAAUCAUUAAAGGAGAAGAUCUACCGCCUGGAGGUGCAGCUGAAAGAAAGUACUCACCAGAUAGAGAUGGGAAAGCUUAAACUGGAGCUCCAAGCGGCUGGUGGCUCAAACAAGAAGAAAGCGGACAAAGGUUUGAUGGCGAGGCCGGAGAUGUACAACGCUUGUGUGGAGGCCAAAGUCCAGAUGCGCAGCCAGGGAGUGGGUGACCAUCUGGAAAUCAGCCACGCUAACUCGGCUAAAACUCAACAAACUGUCGGAGUGUCCUGUCAUCCCAGUGUGCAGAGUGUUGGCACAGGCCCAGAGAUCCCGAUGGACAGAUGGGUGGUGCACGAGCGUGUGGAGGUAAAAGACCAGUGUGUAGGGAGACGGGUAGAGACAUGCCACCAGCAGGUCGGCGUGGAGCUGAAUGUUUGCGAGGUGGGAGUUAACACAGAGGAAUCAGUAGACAGCUUGGCUCUUUGCAAACCCAUGACGGAGCUGAGCAAAGAGUCGAGAUCAGUCGGCUGCGGAGAUUGUUCAGUGGAUGUGAUCGUUAGUCCCAUCAAGACGCUGGUGACACAAGGAACUGACCCAGAUUAUGUCAGCAAAGUGGACUCCGGUGUCAUGGCUGCUCCUGAGUCAGCAACUCAGCAGACCAAUACUGAGACUGAAGUUGCGAGCAAAUCCACUAACACAAGAACAGUUGUCCUGACUGACUCUUUCACUGAUAUGGGGUUGAUUACGUGUGACAAGCACACCAACACAGCUGUGAUUGAAUUGAGGACGGUCGCUGCCGGGGAAGGACUUAUCAAAGAUGUUCACUCAACAGCAAAGACGCGCUCCAUUGCUGUUGGAACCACCACAGACGUGGAGUCAUUCCUUUGCAAAUCAAGCUCUGCUAAAACCAAAGAAUGCGGGGUGGGACCAGUAAGCAUCCACGAGAACUUCUUGGUUGGAUUAAAAACCAGGAGCAUAGCGUGCGGCCCCUCCCAGCCAACUCAAGCUGUCAGAGAGACUGUGGAGGUUGAAACUGAGGCCGCGCCACUGCAAGCUCAGGCGCAGGGGGGCGCCGGGCUGGACCAUUACAUCGAGAGGGUGCAGAAGCUGCUGCAGGAGCAACAAAUGCUGCUGGCAGAGAACUACAGCGAGCUUGCAGACGCUUUCGGCCAGCCCCAGUCCCAGUUUGGAUCCAUCAACAGUCAGCUGGUCAGCACGCUCUCGUCCAUCAACUCAGUCAUGAAGUGCGGAAGCACCGAGGACAUCCUGAAGCUGCAGUCAAACGAAGAGAGCAGUCAGCAGCUUCGGUCAGAGCGGUCACACGUGGAGAAGACCUCAUCAGCCCUGACUGCUGCAGAUAAACCUGCCAGCACACCUGCACAGCAGCAGCAGCAGCAGCAGCAGCAGCAGCAGAUCAGUGCAGCUGAGCAGAAGAGCCGUAUGGACCUGCAGAUGUCUACAGCGCUACAUGGUCAGCCUUGCAGCCAGAACACCCUGAAAUCCAUCAUGAAGAAGAAAGAUGGCCGACCCGACUCCAACGGCACCAAGAAGAACCUGCAGUUUGUCGGGGUGAACGGAGGGUAUGAGACGACAUCGAGCGACGACUCCAGCUCAGAGGACAGCAGCUCCUCAGGGUCGGAGGAAGAGGAGGAGGAUGAGGAGAAGGAGUUUGGAGGAAAGGAGGAGGAAUACAAGAACGUGGAGGGAAAGAGCACCAGGGAGGAGUUUCAGCCCGAGGGAGCCGAGGACGUGACGAAGAAGGACGAAGAGGAAAGUUCGGAGAAGCAGGAGAUGAGAGAGAGGUAUGAGCUGAGUGAGAAGAUGCUGGCUGCGAGCAACGUACUCAAAACUCACCUCAGUGACCCAAAAGCUGUGAGCAGUAAAGAUCUGAGAGCCUGUCUGAACACGGUGCAGCACGAGUGGUUCCGUGUGUCCAGCCAGAAGGCGGCGGUGGCGGCCAUGGUGGAGGACUACCUGGGGGCCUUCAGGGCCAUCUCGCCGGCCGUGCUGCGCCACAUUGUCAACAUGGCUGACGGCAACGGCAACACGGCGCUGCACUACAGCGUGUCGCACUCCAACUUCCAGGUGGUGAAGAAGCUGCUGGAUGCAGAUGUGUGUAACGUGAACCAGCAGAACAAGGCAGGAUACACACCCAUCAUGCUGGCCGCGCUGGCCGCCGUGGAGACGCCUAAGGACAUGCGUAUUGUGGAGGAGCUCUUCAGCAAGGGCGAUGUGAACGCUCGAGCCAGCCAGGCGGGUCAGACGGGGCUGAUGCUGGCGGUCAGUCACGGCAGGAUGGACAUGGUUCGGGCCCUGCUGGCUCACGGGGCCGACGUCAACGUCCAGGACGACGAGGGCUCCACGGCGCUGAUGUGCGCCAGCGAACACGGACACGUCGAGAUCGUCAAACUGCUGCUGGCUCAACCCGGCUGUGACGCCACACUGAGCGACAGCGAUGAGAGUAAUGCCCUGUCCAUCGCUCUGGAAGCAGGACACAAGGAUAUUGCAGUGCUGCUUUAUGCACACGUCAACUUCUCCAAAGCUCAGUCACCUGGGACUCCUCGACUCGGCAGAAAGACGUCACCAAGUCCCACUCGGAGGAGCAUGUUUGACUAGAGGCCCCACCUCUCCCGACAAACCCUGCGCUGCUAUUGGUUCACGCUGAACGAUGCCUUACCCACAGCUGGAUGAGGGACUUAAUCACCAACCAACCAAUGAGAUUUCUGGAAAUAUUUUUAUUUAUGUGCACAGCCCAAAGUGCCCUUUGAAUAUGAAUGUAACCAGCUGGUGCCUGCAGUCCCGUCAGAUCCCGGCUGAGAUAAUCAGCAAACCAACACGGACACAUCCUCAUCUCCUAAAUGCCAUUUUAUUCCCCUCCUUUUACUGUCGUUUUGUUUUCUCUCUCUCUCUUUUUUUUUUAAAAUUUGACAACUUUUUUAUUUCUAAAGCUCGAUGUUGAUCAUUCAAGAGCAUCAAAGCAUUUUUGAUUUAUUUUUCUUGUCUUUUUUUUUUUUUUGUUUCCGGAGUAGACAGAUGGAGAAUAAUCCACCCACCUGUUAGAGGAAGUAUUUCCUGUAUAUAUUGCUCGCCUCAACAUCCCAGCCUCACACACGUGCGCCCAGGUCUCUGCAGUACAUGUACAACUCACGCGGAUGAACGCAUCAACGAGUAGACGCGACCUAGACUGGAGAAAAUUGUACUUUUAUACAAAUCCUUUGUAUCUAUUUAAAAAGAAGAAUCACAGUAUUUUGAAUAUUUCCUAUUACUACUUACUACGACCCAUGAAGUUAUAUAUUUAUCAAAGUAUAGUUUUUAAUGCAGAUAUAUGUAUUUCAUUGUACAUACGGUGGUCAUUAGAGUUUAGUUAUUCUCCUGUUUGUGUCCACUUUGUUUCUGUCAGUCUCUCAUGUGUAAUAUAAGCCGUCUGUCCUCCUCUAGUGUUCAUCAAGGUACUGACUUUCAUCCUCCAAUGAGAAUUGAAGUGCCUGAGACUUCGCCAUAUAACAAUAAACAUCAAUUAAAGAUUA